CAACACCAUCGUUCAACGACUUAACAACCAUGUCCAGCUAUCUGAUAUUAUUGCAAAAGUGGUUGCUAUCGGUCCAAUUGAACAUCCUACCAUUAAAGGAUCAAAAGUUGCAAUGAGAAACAUAACUGUGAUGACUAUACAAGGAAAUAAAAUAAAGCUUACCCUUUGGGGACCAGUUGCAAAUGAAAUUGAUGAUAACCUCUUCAAAAGGAAUCCGGGACCUUUUAUUAUAGUUGCUACAUGUCUAAUUGUGAAAACUUUUAAAGGGGAAUAUAACUUAUCAUCUACAAGCGGAACAAAAAUUUAUAUAAAUUUGGAGAUUCCAGAGACUUCUGCGUUUAUGGAUCAGGACGUGAAAAAUGAUCAUCUUAUAGAAGAGCUACCAAGACAAUUUAAGCCAUAGAGAACAAUUGAAGAAGAGAUGAAUAAUAGCAGAAGAACCAUAAUUGAAAUAUUAAACAUGGUCUGGAACUCUGAAAAUAAGGAGACUAUCUUCACCUGCCAUGGAAAGAUUACAAAAAUUGAAACAGCUUUUGGUUGGUACUUUAUGUCAUGCGAAACAUGUCGUAGAAAGGUUAAACCAAGAGGUAAACAUUUGUGGUGUGAUCGUUGUAACAAACUGGCAGGCUUCCCAAUCCCAAGGUAUAGAAUUGAACUGAAAGUUGAAGAUGACACAGGAUUGACAACAUUCAUUUUAUUUGAUUCUAUGGCUGAAAAAUUACUCCAUAUAUCAGCAAAAGAACUUAUAAAUAAAUGUUCACAGGUACCUGAAGAGUUUGACAUGCCUAUGCAAAUAGCAAACCUUAUUGGGAAAACAUUUGUCUUCCAAUUGGAACUCAAUGAUUAUAACCUCAAACAAGGAUGGGAGAUCUACACAGUAAAGAAAGUUUUUGAUCCUGUUAUGCAGAUUGACAAUUCAGUUAAACUUGAUCAAAUAACUGAUUAUUAUAUGAGCGAUGCUACAAAUGAUUCUGACAACAACUUACCAAGUGAAAAAGAUGCUAAUCCUACAAAUGAUGCAAGUCAUGUACAGCUCACACCUAUUGCAGAUCGACAAAAGAGGAAAAGGAAACAAAAACUCCUUUAAUAUGUUGAAACUUAUGUUACAAAUUAUUUCAACUUUUCUUACAAUAAUGCAAUCACCAUUAGGAAGGUGUUCUGCUAUCUGUUGGGAAU